AUGGAGCAAGUAGCCCACCAGGGAAUCGCCUCAUUCAAUAAUGAUACCUCCUACCAGGUCUUCAGGAACGUCAAGGACUACGGAGCUGUGGGAGACGGAGUAACGGACGACACAAAAGCCAUUCAAAAAGCUAUCACUGAUGGAAAGAGAUGCGCGCCCGCCGUCUGCAAGUCGACCACUAGGACGCCAGCCACGGUUUACUUUCCAGGCGGAAUAUAUUUGAUCUCCGAAGCGAUUAUCGAUUAUUAUUACACGCAGAUUAUUGGGAACCCGAAUUGCCUUCCGACUAUCAAGGCGAGCUCGAACUUCACGACUGCCAACCAGGACGGAAAUGAUAUCGGGUAUUUGAUCGAUGCGAGCCCGUACGGCGCGGAUGGUGAAUUGGGCUUUGGAGCUACUAAUACUUUUUUCCGCCAGAUCAGGAACCUCGUUCUUGAUACGACGAGUGUGAAGGCGAAGGCGAUUAUGAGGGGAAUUCAUUGGCCCACCGCGCAGACGACGUCUCUGCAGAAUGUGGUUUUCAAGAUGGCGGCUGGAAACGGGACAAAACAUGAAGGUCUCUUUAUAGAGCAAGGCUCAGGUGGCUUCAUGAACGACCUCGAUUUCCAGGGUGGACACUACGGACUGAACGUGGGUAACCAGCAGUUUACCAUGCGUAACUUGUCAUUCAGCAACGUCGACACGGCGAUUAACCAGCUCUGGGAUUGGGGUUGGACGUACAAGAGCGUUUCGAUCGACAACUGCCGCGUCGGCUUGAACAUCUCGUCUUUAGAUGAAGACGGAAGUCUGACCGUUGGAUCUAUCACUCUUUUGGACAGCUCUAUCUCGAACACGCCGAUCGGUAUUGUAACCAGCCGCACAGAGAGCUCGCAGCCUGACAGUGCUGGUGCUCUGUACUUGGAGAACGUCAAGCUCGCGAAUGUGCAGCAGGCUGUUGUUGGUCCCAACAGCACUAUCCUUGCUGGUUCAACUGCGUCCACUGUCAUCGAUGCUUGGGCGGACGGACAUAGGUAUGUGUCUAUGUCUCCCCUCGGCCCGGGGGUCCAGACUCCUCUUGCGCCGCUCGAGGCCCGUGGCUCUAUCGCUGCGACCAAGCGACCAUCUAACCUUCUUGGAUCUGACGGCAAGUACUACGAGCGCUCGAAGCCGCAAUACGAGGGCUUGUCGGCAGACCAGUUCCUCAGUGCGCGUACCCUUGGCGCGAAGGGCGACGGCAAAACGGACGACACAAAGGCUCUGAACGACGCCCUUCAGAAAGCCAAGACGGGUGGUAAGGUCCUGUUUCUCGAUGCUGGCUACUACAAGGUUAGCGGCACGGUCUACGUCCCUGCUGGCUCAAAGAUUGUUGGUGAAGCCCUCUCAUCGGUCAUCAUGGCCAAUGGCCCCUUCUUUGGAGACAUGGAGAACCCCCAGCCCGUUGUGCAGAUCGGCACGCAAGGCGAGGAGGGCUCGAUUGAGUGGUCUGAUUGCUUCGUCAGCACACAAGGCCCCAACGCGGGAGCAAUUCUCAUUGAAUACAACCUUUUCAGCCCAACCACAGGCGAACCGGCAGGGCUAUGGGACGUUCACGCCCGUAUUGGAGGCUUUGCAGGCUCACACCUGCAACAAGAGCAGUGCAUCAAGGAGCCUGAGAAGACUACUACAGCAGCGAACCUCAAGAAGGAGUGCAUCGCAUCUUAUCUCUCCCUUCACAUCACACCAUGGGCGAGCGGAGUGUAUCUGGAAAAUAACUGGCUCUGGGUCGCCGACCACGACUUGGACGACUCCCUCAACAACAACACUCAAAUCACCAUCUACGCCGGCCGCGGUCUGCUCGACCAGAGUCUGCAAGGAAGAGUCUGGCUCUACGGCACGGCCGUAGAACACCACGUCAAAUACGAGUACCAAUUCGUCGACACAAAGGACGUCGUCAUGGGCCAAAUCCAGACGGAAACAGCCUACUACCAACCCAACCCCGACGCCACCAUGCCCUUCCCCGAAAAUCUCGCCCUUUUCGACCCCGUCUUCUCCUCUACCCCUGCAUCCAACAACACUUCGAACAGUACGUCAAACAGCACGCACCCCAUCUCCCCCAAUAACGCAGAGGGCUGGGGCCUCCGCAUCCUGCGCUCCUCCAACCUGCACGUCUACGGCGCAGGCCUGUACUCCUUCUUCGACAACUACAGCACGAAAUGCUCGGACGUCGCGUCGGAGGGCGUGUGCCAGACGCGUAUGGUCAGCAUCGAAGGGUCCGCCCUCAGCCACGAUGUCAACUUGUAUAAUGUGAAUACGGUGGGGGCGACGUGGAUGGUUACGAGGGAUGGGGUGGAUAUCGUGGCGAAUAGCGAUAAUAAUAGUACGUUUGUGGAUGGGGUUAAUGUUUUUAGGAUUUGA